AUGACAUCCGUCGAAUUGCAAUCGUCUUCUUCUCGCCCCGUACAGCAGGCCGAGGAGGACCCCAGCAGCUGCAAGGCGGAUAUUGCCCUUGUCGAGAGCGCAGGCGCCGGCCGGGCGGCCACCUAUGAGGAGUCUGUGGCUGCUCGGCUUCCCAAGGCUCAUCGGGAAUAUCUGCUCGAACGACAUGGCACACUGGAACUCGAUCCCAUUCCUAGCAUGGGCCCUGCCGACCCUUACAACUGGCCUGAAUGGAAGAAAAUGAUCAAUCUGAUCCUGGUGGCAUUCCACGCCUGCAUGGCUACAUUCACCGCUGCCGCCAUCAUUCCCGCCUACGCCAACAUCGCGGAGGAUCUCGGCGUCAGCUUGCAAAACGCCAGCUACUUAACCUCGCUGCAGAUUGCCAUCCUGGGAGGCGCGCCCCUCUUCUGGAAGCCCCUGUCCAACCGCUUCGGGCGCCGGCCUAUCUUCCUUCUGUCGCUCAUCCUCAGUCUCGUAUGUAACAUCGGCUGUGCGAAGAGCACAACCUAUGCAUCAGUCGCUGCGUGCCGCGCCCUGGUGGCGUUCUUCAUCUCGCCGGCCUCGGCCAUCGGGAGUGCCGUCGUGAUGGAGACCACCUUCAAGAAGGACCGCGCCCGCUACAUGGGUAUCUGGACCCUGAUGGUCACCCUUGGUGUUCCAAUCGGGCCGUUCAUCUUCGGGUUCGUGACGUACCGCGUGGGUUAUCACUGGAUCUACUGGAUCCUGGCUAUGAUCAACGGUGGCCAGUUCGUCCUGUAUCUUUUCUUGGGACCCGAAACCCGUUACGUGGGUCAGGGGGUCGAUUGCGAGGAGCCCACAUGGAAGACAGAGUACAUGUCUCUCCGACGGGUUGAUCCCACCCCCUUCACCUGGUAUGAGUUUGUUCGCCCGUUAACCAUGGUCCGCCGUCCAUCUAUUGUUAUCCCUGCCUGCGCAUAUGCCAUGGUUUUCCUGUGGGGUAACAUCCUGACGACUGUCGAGGUGCCCUCGCUGCUGCAAGAAAAGUUCGAUCUGAACGCCGAGCAGCUGGGCAUGCAGUUCCUGGGAGCCAUCAUUGGAUCCCUAAUUGGCGAGCAGAUGGGCGGCGUGCUAUCCGACCACUGGAUGAAUCGGCGCCAACGUCGCCUGGACCGGAAGCCCGAGCCCGAGUUCCGUCUCUGGCUGAGCUACUUCGGCUUCGCCUUGACCAUGAUCGGUAUCAUCGUAUUCCUGGUUUGCACGCAGGAGUCGGCCUCCGGGCAUUGGAAUGUGACCCCCAUCAUCGGCACGGGCAUUGGUGCCGCUGGCAACCAGCUGGUCACGACGGUGAUGAUCACGUACGCCAUAGACUGCUACCCACAGGAGGCCGCCAGCGUGGGUGUGUUUAUCACCUUCGUGCGCCAGAUUUGGGGAUUCAUCGGUCCCUUCUGGUUUUCUCCCAUGUUCGAGAAUGUCGGCAUUGCACCCAGCUCCGGAAUUGGAUGUGCAAUGCUCUUUGCCGUCAGCGUUGUUCCGACCAUCCUUUUGCACUGGCGGGGAGGGAUUUGGCGUCGCAACAAAGACCAGUAA